AUGGUUCAAUAUGUCUUUACGCCAUGGCGCGACCGCUACGAACUGUUGCUCGUACGCGAGCAGAUGUACACAGGCAUCACAACCGCCGCUCAAGAUCCAAAACAGAAGCUACCACAAGACGCCAGUGGCCUUGGUGGAAGCGAAGACAUGAAAAUCCAUCAAGACAUUGACAACAAAGAAACUCGAGCACGACAACACCAAGCGGUUGCGCGUGUGUCGAUGUGGAUGCAGCGAGGAAAUUGUCCUCAUCUGAUUGAAUCAACAGCGCUUUUGAUGGCUGCCAUGUUGAGUGAUCGGGAGGCAGCUACUAGGGAAAAUGCAGCCUCUUCAGCGUAUGCCAUUCGAGCAGCGUAUUCAGCAGCAUUCAGCAGAUUUGUCACCGGGCUUCUCGACAGUCACCAGGAUAAGCAGCGCAAGCAGAGUAUGUACUCAGUUGCAGACACAAUAGGGCUGCCCGCCACGUUUGUUGAACUACGCCAUCAGUGCACGCACGAGCAGUUACCCUCGUUGGCAAAGCUACGCACAGCGGUCAGAAAAGCAUUGCUGUGGAUUUGGGACUACCAUUGGAAGCAGCUGGACGAGGAUAGCAGCGACCCGUGCCGUAUGGCAAUACUUCGGUACCUUGGAGAAGGAGACGAGACGAAAUUGCGGACCAUAGUUGAUGAGUUUGAACGUUGGCCUAAGGAACGCUUGUUCAAGACGAUUCAAGAGGUCAAAGGUAGUCUGCCGGGAAACCAAGCGUUUCUUAAAUGCGCACAGUUGACACAACAACUAAAAGGCGCAGAAGAAGAGAAGAAGACGACGAAGCCUGGAUCUACGGACACUACAAUGGGGGAUCAUGAAAUUGAUGCUGGCAAUGUGGUUGAAGAGGAAGACAACGACUUUGGUUGGUCGCAGUUCCAGGGCUCUUGGAAGCCCAAGCCUAUUGGAAUUGUCUAG